GUAUUUGAACGCACCGCACUAACAGCUGGGCUAGGUUUUGGCUGUGCCCUCUUCACUUACGGAGCUGACAGAUACAGAGAUCCCGCGGUUUUCCUGCUGCCCGUCUGAAAUGUCUUAUUGGAAAACUUCAGCAGGUGCUUCAUGCAGCCUUUGUGUGCACUCUCUCAGAGCUCUGCUGGCUUUCUCUCUGUGCUGCUUCAUAUCUGGAAACUCUGAAAGAGACAGAGCACACGAUUUAUUAUCCAGAUAUCCUCUCAUAGAUGGUCAUAACGAUUUAGCUCUAAGACUGAGGAUCCAUUACAACAACCAGCUGAGCAAGAUCAAUCUGACUCAGCUCACCAGAGUGGCCACUGAUAUCUCUCGCCUCAGAGCAGGUCAUGUGCAGGCACAGAUGUUUUCAGUGUAUGUUUUGUGUGGGGCCCAGCACAUGGAUGCGGUGCGACUGACUUUGGAGCAAAUAGAUGUAAUCAGACGAAUAUGCACAGAAUACCCUGACUUUGAACUGGUCACGUCCACUCAGGAACUGAGGGAUUCCCUGACGAGGGAUAAAAUUGCUUGUCUGAUAGGUAUUGAAGGAGGCCACUCCAUUGAUAGCAGCCUCCCUGCGCUGCGCAUGUUUUAUCAGCUUGGAGUCCGCUCCAUGUCCCUCACUCAUUCCUGCAAUACUCCCUGGGCUGAAUCUUCUACAAACUAUUACAAAGUCUUUGUAAGGCCCAAUAACAGCCUUACGACAUUUGGAAAGGCUGUUGUGGAUGAGAUGAACAGACUGGGAAUGAUAGUGGAUCUUUCCCACACAUCUUUUGAGACAGCUUCAGCCGUUCUGAACCAUUCUAAAGCUCCAGUCAUUUUCAGUCAUUCGUCCUCCUACAAGAUCUGUAACAACAGUCGUAAUGUACCCGACUGGUUGCUACAUAAGCUGAAAGUGAACAGAGGGCUGAUCAUGGUGAAUUUCUACACCCCUUUUAUUUCCUGCCAGAACGAGGCUAAUGUUUCUCAUUUGGCUGACCACUUUGAUCACAUUAAGGCGGUCAUUGGAGCUAAGUCAAUAGGAAUUGGAGGAGACUUUGAUGGUGGCAUUAGAUUUCCUGUGGGAUUAGAAGAUGUCUCAAAGUAUCCUGUAAUAAUCCAGGAGCUCCUGAAGAGGAAAUGGACAGAGGAGGAAUUGGCCGAUGUCCUUAGAAACAAUUUUCUGCGAGUGUUUGAUGAAGUUGAAAAGGUUCGCAAUGAACUAAGCUGGAAGAAGCCAAGUGAAGAAGAGAUACCUCAAACAGAGGUGGCAAACAAAUGUAGAAUGGAACUCAAACAACCUAUCCUGCGAGAAUUGCUCUCCAACCAGAGCCCAUCCUUAAAAUCAAAAGGACAAAAUUUGUUAUUCCUGGCCUUAGCACUGCUUUUUAAUUCUUUCCUUGACUGACUAAAUCCUGUUCUCUUCUUUAGUUCAGCUUUUUAUUAUCUAUAUGAAGGAUGAGUGCAAAUGUUUAAUGUAGAUAUGAGUGCAAACGUCCAUUAUGCCGUCAUAUUUCAUAUGCACUUAUAGCAUAUAAUUACAAUAGUUAUUUACAUUUUUUACAACUAGGGGUGCACUGAUUGAUUGGCCUGAAUUCCAUAAUUUUGGGUGAUUGACGAUUGGCUGAUACUUUCGGGUGAAACUGAUCAUAACCACGAAUCUUAUCUACCUCUGUAAAGGUCUGAAAAUCAGUCACUGACCUCUUUUGCUGUGCUGUGCAAGAGGGCUGACUCACAGAUCGACUCAUUAGCUCACAUCUGCUGGCAUUUGGUUAACAAUAGUCAACCAAAUACUAAUUUUCUUUUCAAAAAAGUAACUUGAGACAAAUGUAGUUAUUGGAAACUUUGGCAAUGGUGCCAUUCAUAAAGAAAAAAAAAAGGAUAUCCACAAAAAAAUCCGUCUUUUUUAAGACUGGUGAUCUUCCAAAAAAAUUGCAGUCAGUGCAUCCCUACAGCUUAUAUGUAUUUGUUAAAAUUCUGCUUUAUAAGAUGCACUUUAAUAACUAAUGUAUGAAUGUAUUAAUAAAAACAUUUUGUUACUGUAUGCAGUUCAGAAUCAGUAUAUAAAAAAAUAAAAAGUUUAAAAUGGA